GCUUAAUCCAGAUCCGUCAAGGCUCCGUCUCAAUCACCGGACCAAUUCGUUUUCAUCGCCACCACGAACUUCGUUCCAGCUCCGUCGAUAAUGGCAGUGCAAUGACAGACAUCGCCUCAUUUUUGUUGAAAAAUCGCGAGCGGAAAUUACAUCUCCAUCUUCACGAAUGAAUACGAAUCCCGCUGAAAUUAGUUCAAUAGCGCGAAAUUGCGCGGAGGCGAUGCUUUCUCCCUUCGGUUUUCUGAUUUCUCCAGUCUCAAAUUAGUCUCUCUUGUCAUCAAUAUUUACACAUCAAAUAAGCUCGCGAAGAUAUACGUUUCAGGAGCGGGGACGAAUUGGGUUUCCAUUUUUGUUUUUUGAAUAGUGAAUUUCAGAAUGCAUGUCCGUUGCUUUCAGAGGAGUUUCUCUUCUGCUUUGUCCCCUUUAGCGCCUAUAAAGCUUCCAUCUCGAAUGGAGACACAUUUUUGGUAUAUUUUGCCUGAUGAGGUGCAGAAUGCGACAUUGUUGGAUCAAUACGUAGAGCUUCUAUCACCUUGUGAGAGAGAAAAUGUUUUCAGCAUGCGUGAAGACCAUCUCAGAAAGCGAGCCCUCCUUGCCCGAGCAUUGGUUCGCACAACAAUUGCAAGAUAUCAGAUAAAUGGUCAAGUUAAUCCAAGAACAUUGAAGUUUAAGAAAAACAUUUAUGGGAAACCAGAGGUAGAGUGGCCAAUAUUUGACGAUUGGGAUCCGCCGCCAUUGAAUUUCAACAUAUCCCAUACAUCUUCUUUAAUAGCCUGUGGAGUGACUGUAAAUUCUCCUAUUGGAGUGGAUGUGGAGGAGAAGCAACGCAGGUUAAAGAGUGAUAUCCUGUCUUUUGCUCGUAGGUACUUUUCUCCUCAUGAAGUGGAAACUUUAACGAUGAUAUCAGACCCUGAAGUUCGGUGCCAGGAGUUUAUCAAGUUAUGGACUUUGAAGGAAGCAUAUGUAAAGGCACUCGGAAGGGGCUUCUCUGCUGUGCCUUUUAAGACUUUCACAAUCCAGCUCAGGGAAGGAACUAAAGAAGACCGACAUGUUCCACAGAAAUUAGAUAAUGAGUGCCGGACACCUGAAAUAGUUGUUGAAUCUUCGAAUGACUCUACAAUGGGCGGAAGAAAUUUUCAAUUUUCACUCCUGGAAUUGGACGGCUCUCAUUAUGCUGCCAUAUGCAUAGAAAAUGAUAAAACAAUUGAUGGCGAAGGUUGUGUUCCAUCGAAACUGAAUGUGUGGAAAACCAUUCCAUUUGUUAAAGAUGAAUAUGUUUCAGGAACGAAGGCAGUUGUACCGAUGGGUGGCUUAAUUCAGAGGUUCUAGUUUCAUCAAGUUAUGUGUGGCUUGUUUCAUGAAACAUUGGUCAUGUACAAACUAGUGAUAUGAAUCAGCGUCCAGGGCAUUCAUUACACCUCUCCUCGCAGUUUUGGGUCUAAGAACUAGAGAACUUGCUGGUCACUACUGCAAUGGAAACUAAGUUGACAGAUUCUUGGCCGUCAAAAUUGUUACUGAUGAUUAGACAACUCAUGAAGUGAGACUCUGAGAGUUUCAAGGUGGAAUGAGCUUCUUUGUUUGUCAAUUGUCAUGGAUGUGGCAGUUUUAACUUUUAACUGAUUUUGUUGUCACAGUUAAUGUAAUCAGACAAACUGGGCAGUAACAUUCCUAAACUGGAGAAUUGUUUGUGGCUGAAAAAGAUGCAUUAUUUUUAGAAAAUGAAAAUAUCCUUUUGUUGA